GCGGGCCCCGCAAUACCUUUUAGGUUCGCCGAAAUGGAAGGCGUGCUUCAGGGCUGACAGCGCUAUAAAUUCCUUUCAUCUCCUCUUCCAUCCUCAAAGACGUAACAACUGGAAUUACUUAACAUCAUCAUCUUUUUGGAGUCUCGAAAAACGGUGGAUGGUUGGACACUGGUCCUGUCAAAAAAGCGGCAGUAACACCAAACAAGCGCCGUUGUUACAGCACAGUGCAGCCCCGCACCACUGCAAACACCACCAAGAAAGGAUCACCACUUCCGGGCGGGGACGUUACUGGGGUUACAUUCAACGACAGAUAAACAACGAAGGGGGAAGCUCAUACGAUAACGAUGUCACCUCAACCAGCAGAACCUCUUGACCUCGCCGGUCGUGCGAGAUCGCUGGCGUCGCGAAGCUGGAAGGUCUUCCGAUUCAACUGGCACUUGGGCUUCACGGCUUUUGGUGGGCCGCCGGUCCACUUCAGGAUAUUCAAUGACAAAUUCGUGCAAAAGACAAAAUGGAUCGAUGAGCAGGUGUUCCAAGAGCUCUUCAGCGUCUCGAACGCCCUCUGCGGACCAGGUAGCACGAAGAUGUUGUACUGUAUCAACUUGAUACAGGGCGGAUUCCUUGCCGCCGUGUUCAGCUUCUUGAUAUGGAGUUUACCGGGUGCUAUAGGCAUGUACGGCCUCGCCGUCGGCGUCUCCAAGAUCGACGAAACCCUGCCAAGGCCAGUGUAUGCACUGCUGUCGGGUCUUAAUGCCGGAACGGUCGGUGUCAUUGCCCUUGCUGCUGUUGAGCUGUCGGAGAAGACCAUCACGGAUCGGCUGACGAGAAUCCUGGUCUUCCUCGGCGCUACCGCUGGCAUGCUGUACAAUGCGCUCUGGUAUUUCCCGGUCUUGAUGCUAGCAUCUGGCAUCGCGACGCUUGUUCAUGACUUGAGGUGGAUGCACCAGCCGGUAUCGGCGAUACUUGGUUUUGGUGCAAGUCUCAAGGGCAAGCUCAUCAGGGCAUGGCCUUUUGGGAAAUGGCCUGGAUCAACUUCAAAUGCGGGUGACGAUGAUGCCGCGCCGCAAGGGCGAAGGAACGACGCAGAUGACGAGGAAAGCAUCGAAAUGUCGAGCACGACAAAAGCGACGGCGACGGCAUCAACCAGCUCCCAAGGGACCCAGCUGUCUGACCUUCCAGUGACCGAACAAGAAGCAUCCACAUCCUCCACAGCCGAAAGCGAGCCACGGAUUAUCCCAAGCGAAUUUCGACUCGACUUUUCUUGGAAGAUCGGUACGGCAAUCAUCGCCUGCUUCUUCGUCACCUUCAUUGCCGUUAUGGUCACCCGCGGCGUCUUCCCAAACCCGCCUGGACUUCCCCUUUUGUACCACUUGUUCGCUAAUAUGUAUCUUGCCGGAACAAUCAUCUUCGGUGGCGGCCCUGUCGUUAUUCCUCUGUUGCGGGAAUACGUCGUUGCCGAAGGUUGGGUGAAUCCCCGUGACUUCCUCAUCGGACUUGCUCUGAUCCAGGCCUUCCCCGGGCCAAACUUCAACUUUGCCGUGUUUCUGGGGGCCUUGACUGCCAUCGGUAGCGGCAAUAACCCGGUAGCAGGUGCACUCAUUGCCUGGGUGGGCAUUUUUAGCCCGGGUCUGAUCUUGGUACAUGGUACCAUGGGAAUAUGGAGUGCAGUGAGAGGCAAACGAUGGGUCAAGGCUAUGCUGAGGGGCGUGAACGCUGGCGCAGUCGGGCUGAUCUAUACCGCCGUCUACCGGAUUUGGUGUGUUGGCUACAUUGAUGAGGGCUUCCAGUUUGGGAAGAGCUUGGGCGAUGACCCGUGGUGGGUCGUGGUGACGGCGACGAGCUACGUCGGUGGGCGUUGGUUCAGCCUCAAGGCGCCUGUAGCAAUCAUGCUUGGUGCAAUCAUGGGGUUGAUCAGGUAUGCCUUAAGCCUGCAACAGCGGGCAAUACCUAGGACCGGCGAACAUUGUGAUGAUAUGAGGGGCGCCGACGCGACACGGAGCUCUUGA